AACUGACCUGCCGGUGUGCAAAUAUACAUUAUCCACCUUCCAACAUAUAGCCAGUCUCUAGGAAAGCCGUUUUUUGGCUAAAUCAGUGUCCGUGCAGCAGAGCGAACUCAGAUUGAUAAUUGUCUUGAACUAUCUUGGGUGUUUUUCUGGUCAGGACGAUUUUUAUGCCCCCUUAUUCAACAUGCCGUCGUUUCGGCAUCUUCCAGUGGAGCUUCUGCUGCUGGUAUCCGAGGAUCUAGACAUCCGGGACCUCUCAAGUCUCUCUCGAUCUUGUCAAUACGCUCGCAAUGGGAUCAUUUCGAGCCUGUGCCGCCGCGUCAAAGACGACCCGGCAGUGUUAUGCUGGGCCGUGGAUGAAGGCCAGAUCGGAACGGUCGAACGCCUCCUAGUGGCCGGGGCAGACCCAAAUGUUGCAUGGAUCCAGAACGAGUCCAGGACUCAUACAUUGAAACGUUUAAAGGCUCAAUACGACUUCUAUCGUUCUAUGGGUUUGAACACACCACAGGUGCAUCAUACGGUCCGCCAGCAGUAUGGCUACGAUGGAGAUGAGGUACAUGAUGUUGGACAGAAUGCCGUUGAUAGUUACGGCAGCAGGGAUGAAAAUGCGGCUAAAGACCAAGACGACGGCGAUGUUAAGUUGAAUAACCAGGAAUCGACAGAGACAGAUGAUGACGGAUCAUACGAUGGAUCAGGCGAUGGGUCAGAAGAGAGAUCGGAUGAGAGUGACGGCGAAGACAACACCGUCAUCAACUCCCCAAGCUGGCCGACGUCAUCGGCAGGACUUUAUCCCAACCUUUGCUUCUGGACACCUCUGCAUAUUGCGGUCCGUUGGGGUCGGGACGACAUUGUCAGUAUGCUCUUGGCUUACGGCGCAAACAUGCAUGCCCUCUCAAGGGGGUUCUGCGAAUGCUCGUACCCCGGUGACCACACCUUCGCGGUUGCAGAAGAAGAUAACGAACCCCUUUGGAUGCCACUUCAUACUGCGAUUUGCUGUGGCCACGGGUCGACCGCACAGCUUCUCUUAUCGUGUGGUGCUUCCACAGUCGUCACUACCAAGUUCAUUGGGUCCAACGAGGAUCGAACGACCGCACUUCACACGGCCUGUUUCUCCGACAUGAGGUCAAUAUCCCGCUUCAUCGUCGACCAAGGGUAUCAAACAGACCUAGACGUGAAAGAUCACCGUGGCAGAACACCGCUGACUUACGCUUAUUACACUGGCAGCUGGGAAAGUAUUGAUUUGCUAGUCGAGAUGGGUGCCGAGCUCAAUUCUCACCUAGGACCUCUCACUCUGCUCAAUCAUGCUUGCUUGGAGCGUCGCUUUGCCGAAGCCCUCCGGUUUAACGAACUGGGUGCGUCUAUCAAUACGGAAACACAAUACGGCGGAUUGACGACAUUGCAUUGCUGUUGCACGCGGCAAUACAUGAACACGAAGCUACCGCACAACUUUCACACACGCUACAUGAGCCAGGUGCAGGUGCACCUCAGAACCAGAGUUGCGCAGACUGUCAUCAAGGCAGGAGUCGACGUCAACGCCAGGGCCGAACAUCAAGACACGCCACUCUUGAACGCUGCUUUUCACAUCAACCUGAACUUAUCGAAAUCCUUCUUGAUACAGGAGCGAAUCUUGAUGUCCGGGACGCAGCUGGUUAUUCCCCACUGGCAAUGGCAUGUCAGACCGAGUCGAACGGCGCGAUGCUACAAACUGUCAAGACGUUGCUCAAUCACAUGCGGACGGACCCGAAGGAUAUGUUUGAUUGCCUCGAAUUGCUCUCCUCGAAUAGAUAUGCUGGGUCAGAAGGUUGUGCCGUCAUGCGUCUCGAGCAUGGAGGGAAUUCCUUUUUGAGUGGCAUGGCCGGACAAAAUCUUCUAUCGAGUGCAUGUCACAGCAAGAACUUUGCGCUUUGCAAUUUGCUAAUAUACAGUGGUGUGACAAAGGUCAAGCGCUCCGAGUUGAAGAGGAUGGUCGAUGCGGCAAUCGGCGAAGAC